AUGCCUGGAGUUUGUCCGCGCUGUAAUCGCGAGGUUUACUUCGCAGAAGAAAAAUUGGCUCUUGGAAAAGUUUGGCACACAUUUUGCUUCUCGUGUUGUAACUGUCGAAAAUUACUCAACAGCUGCAGCGUGGUGACACAUCUUGGUGAAUUAUUUUGCAAGAAUUGUUACGUUCGUCUAUCUCUGUCAACCGUGAAUCAUGAAAUCAAAACAAUACCUCACUCGUCUACAACCGUAGAGCUUUCAACUCAGGAUUCAUUGAACUGCUAUUGUUGCGGCGUAGAGAGUUCAAUCGGUAACGCGUCUUUAAAGAAAAAACAAUAUUGUCAAACCGACGCGUGUAGACUUCGUGGCGGAGGUAGCGAAGUUGAAGGAACAAACAAUUGUCUUGAUGAAGAGAAAAAGUAUUUCUUAGAGAACGAGUGUGCAAAUCUAGGUUCUACCAAUUCGAUGACAACAGUUUGUGAUCCUCCACCUAGCCCUUCUGCAGUAACUACAUGGUACAAUCGACAACAUUCUAAGUUUCGCAGUACACUGUCUUCGGAGUCGCAGAAGAACAACAACAAUAUUGCGAAAGAUUGUCAAUUCGAACUACAGCAACGAGAAUCCGAUCAGACUGAGUUAAAGUCGCCGUUUAGUAAUAAUGAAAUCGUCAGUACAGAUUCUCCGCUAAGCACAGACAAAACUCGAGCGACGACUACCGACUGGAAUAGUAAAAUUAAAAAAUACGAUCCCGUGUGCGAAUCUAGUGCCAAUAACGUCACUAUUCCGUCAAGACGAAAAUUUGCGUAUCCGCCGGUACCGCCGCCUCGCAGUCCGUUGCCUUCCCGACGACGAGUCUCGUUCUGCGACGUCGUCCUCGGGGAUACGCGCGGAAACGAGCAGAAUUCUAUCACGAAAAUGCAGGAUGUUGGUCGUAGGGCCUGUUGCAAUAACGACAGUAACGAGGAGUACAAUGAUUCGUACGAUACUUGGCAAGCGGACGAUCCGGCUGGUAAAAACGACGGCGGAUACGAAAAUGUUAAUGUAAAAGAAAGAGAAGAUACUGGCGGAAUGCAUUUUGAAAGAAGCGUGUACGAGUGUUGCGACGACGGCGAAGAAACGCCAAACAAAUGCAACGACAUCGGGAAGAACUGCGGACAAGACAACGUAGAGUCGCGUGGGCAGAAAACAAUGAACGAGAAAGACGAUGGCUCCAGUUCGUCGAACGGGCUUGACGAUAACGAUCGUUUGAGAGGCGGAUGCGGUGGAUCGUGCGGUCCAUGUGGACCGUGUCGUCCUAAAGUCGCGUGUGGAAUAGUCAAAGUGGUGGAAAGUCCUUGCAUCCACUGUGUAAAAAGAGAACCGGAAUCGUGUCGCGUCAUUGCAACCUGUUCGGCCUGUUCGUCGCCGUGCAGCGAAAAGCGCAGUUGUUGUCCAGCGGCGAACGAACGGCCGAUUUGUAAGAAAACUAUCAUUAGAUGUCGUCCAUCGUGCACGAGAGAACCUCAGACCUGCGGCGGCGGCGGAUGUUGCGGAAGCGGAUGUCGCGGUGGCUGUGGAAAGCCCGGGCAAACGUGUCUGCCCGCAAAGUCUUGCAUGAUACCACCUUGCCGACCGUGUUCCCCAUGUUCACCGCCGCGACCGUGCCCCCCGCAACCAUCUUGCUGUUGCAGCAAAAAAUGUGGAUCUUCCUGUCCAAGUGGCGGUAGCGUCUGCUGCUGCCGGUCGAAGAGCCCGGUGUGCCGGAUGAGCCGAAUUAGAAGAUGCAGUGCCGACAGAGCGGAACUUAUCGACGAAGGAUGUUGUAGACCGAAGGUCGGUUGCGAAUGCCUCGGCGGAGGUCUCGAUUGCCAGCGUUGUGGACGAAAAGUGUACCAAGCUGAGAUGCAGCUCGUGUCCGGGAUACCGUAUCACAAUAUAUGCUUCAGCUGCUAUUGCUGUAGGAAACCCUUGGAGCCGUUAAGUUAUCAAGAAAAUUGUGGAGAAAUUUACUGUAAACAAUGUUAUGUUCGAAAUUUUGGACCACAAGGAUAUGGGUAUGGCGUAGGACCAGGCACAUUGCAAACCCCCAUGUGA